AUGUCUGGAACGUCGACGCGCUCCGCUCAACCUGCUAUUCCUUGCAAGAGGGAUUUCGACGAGGCCAGGGCAUCAUGGGCAGACUGGCCAAGUAACGCACAGCAAAUGCGCCAACCAUCACCACCACCGCUACCACCACCACCACGCAACCUUUUCGACUGCCCCCAGGAGAUCCGUGAUUUCGUCUACAGCCACUGCAAAGACGAGACCCGCCCACACACCAAAGCCAUCAAACGCGAAUACCGGGGUACUACAAUAGCUGUCAUUCACAACGCGCCCUGGCUCAACCUUACCAAAUGCAAAGAAAGGCUGGCUGAAGAGUACAAGAAAUCAUUCUGGACAACAACAACCCUCGUACUAAUUGACUUCUUCGACGCGAACAACGGCUUAACAGCACCUCCAUUGCAUCCUCACCUCGCCCAAAAUCUGACCCGAAUCGAUACCAUUCUCCUCGCAGUGUGCGAAGUCUGCGAGCGCAUACCUGGCCAUCCGCUGUCGUGUCAAGUCUGGGACGAGCUCAAGAAUCAUAACGCCUGGCUCAAAGAACUCGCAGCAAAGACUCCGAAUCUCAAGAACUUCACCGUCAAGCUCUUCGUACAAUGGCCGCAGGAGCAACCAUCAGCAACCCACCGAUAUCCGCAGUCACCGCAUCCGUUCGAGCUGGACAAGUGCCUGGUGAGAAUGCUAGAACUACCGGCUUUGAAGACUUUGGAAGUGCAUCGUCAUCGUAACAUGUCGGCACAAGAGCAUGGGCUGGAUGCGAGGAGGCCAGAUGCGGAGGUCUUCGAUCUGUAUCUUAAGGUCGACAAGAUAUACCGUGGCUGGCACUUCAUGGAAGAGGGCAGUGAGGAACAUCGCCGGAUGGAGAGAUUGUGGUGGUGGGAGAGACAGCAGAAGGGGUUGGUGACGUGGAAGGAUGAGAAAGUUGUAGUGCCUAGUGUUGUUGGUGGGUGA